AUGCCAGCAGUCAUUCCGAGACGUCCUGCUGAACAUUUCAAAAGCGAUCCACCGCUGACCGAACAUGGCAACUUUACUGCAGAGUUUAUCGGGAAAGGAAUGAAGUUAGCCGGGUACAAUCCAUCCGUGGUCGGUUUCUGUUUUAUCGCUUGCAUGGGAAUCAGAAUUUACAGCUCACCUGAGCUAAGAUGUGUUCAAACUGCUGCUGGUAUCGCGAGAGCUAGUGCAGACUCGCAAACGUUAAUCUGCCUUGAACCAGCUCUUUCGGAUUGGGUCCAGUUAUCAACUGAGGAAAGUUGGAAAACAUGGAUAAGACCGGAUCAGUAUGCAUCCUUGGGAUAUCCCAUAAAUCUGCGAUACAAAAAUUUCAUCGAUAAGUUGCUUAAGCGGGAGUCUCCAGAGGAUUAUCUUCGUCGUGUUAGUUUAUUCCUCUCGAAGAUUUCGCACACGUCAGAAAGAGUCAUCGUCAUUGUCGGUAACCCACAUGUGAUUGCGGUGGCAAGAAACAAUCCGUGGUCAACCGCAGAGCAGAUCUGUCAGGUAAAGCAGUUUACAAUCCGAUGUCACCUUCAACUACAUGUUAAGAUCAAGCAAUUGAUCCGAAAUUGUGUUACAUGCGAAGUAGGUGUGGAUUCCGAGAACAGGCUUUCUGAAUACUAUAGCAUAGCUACUUGUGGAAUCUUGUAA